CGUUAUCUACAAACGAAUUCACGCGACACACGAACCUCGACGAGAGAGCUGGCUGUUUAUUACCUGGUCCACAUAUACAUGGCCACACGCCCAAACGGAGAAGCUCUGCACGCUUUAUAUGGUCUAUACGCAUUUGUACGUUGAUACACCAGGAACGGCCAGCCCCGACCGCCACAUACAUACACCAGCAUACGCCAGUAUCACUAAAUACGCCCCCCAAAAGAACGAUCUCUGAUGAAAAAGCGCCUGUGAUAAAAGAGAAACACAUUUGUACAGUUAUUUCCAAUGGCUACGGCACUGUCUAAUAUGGAGCCCGCUGAGAAUUGGGAUGAUGAUCUCGAGUUUCAAGGUCAAGGUCAACAGAAUACGCAGAAUACAGACGGUAGUCGAAACAAGAAGAACAGGAAUAAAAACAAAAGUCCACCUCAUUCACCUCAUACACCUUAUCCUCGUCGUACGCGUAAUCCAUCUUCACCGUCUUCUCCAUCGAAACCCCGGAUCUCCAUGUCAACCACGAGCUCACAAGUGACAAUGGAAGCGGAAGAUUGGGAUUUAGAAACCCCUGCGCCUACACCUGUACAUUCGAGGAAUUCUGCGCAUAGCUACUCGAACCAACAGCACCAGCAGCAAACCAGGACAUGGAUUGAAUGGACUGAAGCAGGUCCAUUGACACCCACACGACGUCUCGUGAGCUCUGGCUCUGGUUCACUUCGGGAAACAGAGAAAACAACAACAACGGAGAAUUGGGAUGAAGAUUUCGAAGAUCGGGUUGAUUCUCCUCCUCGGUCUCCUUAUUCCCUUGGGUCGCCUGGGUCUCCUACGGGAAAGAAGAGGAAAGAUGGGAACGAGAGAAGGAAGAGCUCUACGACUACGACAACUACGAGGAAAACUACCACUACAGAGAACUGGGACGAUGAAUUACAACUCGGUGAUUCGCCUGCACGGUCGAUGCGGAAUCGACACCCACAACAUCCUGUUCACCAACAUUCUUUCAAUGAAGAAGAGGACUCUGACGAUGAUGAUGAAGCAGACUUCAACUUCCACGGGUCAGACAAAGAUGAAGAUGAUAAAACUGUUACUGCGAGGUCACGUAGAGCCGCGUUAUCCAGGCUCGUGUCAAACUCCUCCUCAUCGUCGCUGCCUCCGGUUCCACCUUUACCGUUUUCCCUUUUGCCCAUACCGCCACAGCACUCUGCUUCUUCCGACCACGACCACGAACACGUAUUCCCUGACUCUCCGACUACGUCUGUAUUCUCCGUCCCCACGUCUCAUUCGGGCGGAACAGACAGACGAAGAUGACAAUACAGACAUCGAAGAAAAUGAGAUAGAACCUGACGAGCAGCCUAAGUCCAUCCUCACUGCUAAAUUACGGUGUUACUCUGUCGAUACCCCACCCUCUUCAUUCCCUCCUAACACCACUGUAUCUGAUAAAUCUCCGAUUACACCAUCAACCACUACUGCUCCAGCGACGAAUUCGAAGGCAAAGGCUUCUCGUGGUGGUCGAGGGCGAGGUCGAGGGCGUGCUCGUACUUGAGGUAUGAGGGUUGCUGUUCCUCUAGAGGCUGACAGGCCUCCCGCUUCGGGCAUCGACGAAGUGGGCACACUCGGCGUCAAUAUCGAGAUUCCUCCCAGCAAAGAGGACGCUAUGGAUAUUGAGGUUAACGUUGAUGAUACUACCGCGCGGAACUUCAAAUCCAAACUUACCAAGGUGGCCGCCUUCAAGGACGAGACCUUAGAGCCAGAAGAGGGCACAUCCUUCGCAGAUGUAAGCAAGGUCAUG